AUGCUAGCGCUAGCUUUGUAUUGUUUUGAUCAUUUCUUUAUUUAUAAGCGAAUCUCUCCCCAGAUCACCGAGCCUCCAAUAAACCAGACUGUUACCGAAGGAUACUCUGUCAACUUUAGUUGCCGAGCGUCAGGAAUACCAACACCAACAUUAGUCUGGGUUUUUAAUAAUAGUUACCUACCAUCUGGUAUCAAUAAAGCCGAUCAAGAAGGAGAAUCAAUCCUGGAAUUGCCACGUGUCACAAAAGAGAUGAUGGGGACUUACAUGUGUACAGCAAUAAACAAAGAAAAUACAACCAGUUCUUCGGCAACGCUGCAUGUUUAUGCAAAAGCGUCUGCUCAAGUUGUUCCAGAGACACAUCUGACACUCAAAAAGGGAGAAGUCCUCACAUUGACUUGCAAAGUCAACGAAAAAACCGUCAAGAUAACUUGGAAAAAAGAUGGAGAAUCAUUACAAGAACGAGCAGUUAUAGAUACCCGACUACAUGAGACAAAGAGUAAGCUUGUUAUUACUGAGCUUGGGGAAGAGGACAGUGGUAAAUAUUGUUGCGAAGCAACUAACAAGCUUGGAACUGUGGCUCGCUCUUCUGUGACAUUGGAUGUAAAAGGUGAACUGGUGUUACCAUAA